UCUCUCCCCAUGCAGUCCACAGUCUAAUCUCCGGGAUAAAAAAGGGCAACAUUUAAAAACUUCACUCACGGAAAACUUUCAGAACAUUUUUACAAGUGAACGUCACUGUAGUACUUUGUACUGCAAUUCGGCAAUGAAGAUUGAAUCCCCCUUGCAGAGAAGAAGCGUGUUUUUCAGCUUGAUUUGUGAAGUGUUAACAUUGAUGCUGCUUCGUGGCGGAGAAGAGGGGCGCCAAACCUCGGCGUUAAAAGGUUAGAAGGAUGCUGUCUGCAUUCACACACAAGGCACAUGGAGUUUAAAGUAUAUCUGAAUUCUGGCCCGGAAAACAAGGAGGAUAGGAAGGGUAAAACAAAAAGAGGGGAGUAACAGGAGGUGUAUGUUGCCUCUCACUGUAGUUCUGCUGCCACCACCAUGAGUUGGAGUUUCCUGACUCGCCUGCUGGAAGAAAUCCACAAUCAUUCUACAUUCGUGGGCAAGAUCUGGCUCACUGUGCUCAUUGUUUUCCGCAUUGUGCUGACCGCUGUAGGAGGGGAGUCCAUCUACUACGAUGAGCAGAGCAAGUUUGUCUGCAACUCAGGCCAGCCGGGCUGUGAGAACGUCUGCUAUGACGCCUUUGCUCCACUCUCACACGUCCGCUUCUGGGUUUUCCAAAUCAUCCUGGUGGCCACGCCUUCACUCAUGUAUCUGGGCUACGCUGUCAACAAAAUCGCUCGUGCAGAGGAAAAGACGGACAGUGGGGGAGUGAGUGGGUUUUCGCGCAGGAAACCCAAGAAGCCCUAUCUUGCAGGCAGAAAGCAGCACAGGGGCAUUGAAGAGGCUGAGGAUGACCAAGAGGAAGACCCGAUGAUCUAUGAAAUGGCAGAGGUGGAGAGUGACGGUGGUGGAGCAGCGAAAGGAAACAGUGCUGAUGGACAAACAAAGGUCAAAGUGCGCCAUGAUGGGCGCCAGCGUAUCAAAGAGGAUGGACUGAUGCGUAUUUAUGUCCUUCAGCUUUUGACCCGCUCUUUGCUAGAGGUGGCUUUCCUGUGUGGACAGUAUGCCCUGUAUGGAUUUGCUGUACCUGCCACCUACGUGUGCUCAGACCUGCCCUGCCCUCACAGGGUGGAUUGCUUUGUGUCGCGGCCCACUGAGAAAACUAUCUUCCUCCUCAUCAUGUACACAGUCUCCCUGCUCUGUCUGGCACUCAACAUAUGGGAGAUGCUUCACCUGGGUGUAGGUACCAUCUGUGAGAUUGUACGCUCCCGCCGGGUGCAGCUCUCUGACGACGAGAUAUACGGGCCGACGCGGGCACAAGGAGUUCUAAAUGAAGCGGCAAUGAAUGGAGAGGAUUACAGCAGCUACCCUUUUGCUUGGAGUGCACCAUCAGCUCCACCUGGAUACAACAUCGCCAUCAAGCCUCUUCUGUUAUCUACAGGGCACCAGGACCAGCCACUACCCAUCACUGAUCUCAGUAAUGCGAAGAUGGUAUGCCGGCAGAAUCACGUGAACAUUGCCCAAGAGGAACGUCAGCAGUUCACCAGUAAUGAUGAAAACCAGUGCAGAGCAGGGAUGGGAGAUGCCCCCAGGAGUGUUCAUAAUGACAUUCAAAACAAGCCUCAGAACAAGCUGGAGGCUGACAAUCCAGCCUUCAACCAGCCACAGAGCCAGAGUAAUAACCACAACAAGCCUCACCGUGAACGGAAACACCGGCAGGCCUCCAAGCACACUUCAAGCAAGGCAGAUGGAGACAGAGGCAGCAGCAGCAGUAGUAGCAGCAAAUAUGGGGUAAUAAAAGGUUCUGAGUGGAUCUGAAAUACUGACUGUGACAAACAAUUCAAAGCCUUCCCAGUAUUCAAGUUUGUGUGUCCAUACUGUGUAUAAAAACUGGAGAUGGUACCCAGUUUACAUGAUUUUCAGUUUUAUUAAUACCAUUAAAAUAGUGGCCGUAGGUGAUUAUAUAUGAUUAGAAGUGUCAGGAUCUAUCUUGUACCAGUCCCCUGAUUUGAGAUUUUAACGUAACACCCCUCAUUAUGCAUAUGCCUUUAUUAGUCAGUAUAGUGUAUGCUUGGUAAGGGGCCAAUUGCCCAUUGGUGAUGGCUGACAGGUAUCGACCACUGAGCAGCAUUAGUAUUCAGGUUCAAAUAGCCUUAAAACUCAACAACAUAGAUUCUUCGAAAUAAUAUGUAAAUUCUAAUGUUAAUGGUAACUUUUAAAAUGCCAUUGAAGACAAUACAAAGAAGAUAGAAAAUGAUUUAAACUUUUAA